CAGUCUGGAAAUACUCGAGUAGCAGGCAAAUUCCCAAAUGUAUGUUUGUCAACAUUUCCUUGGGAGAGAGUACAGAAGUCAAUCUGGUUUACAGAUCUAUUCUAGUCGUAAGCACGUGAGAGGCAGGCGCAGACGUGAACGUGAAGCUAUUAAUAGCUUUAGAAGCUACAGUUUCAGAGAGUGGAUUACACCUACGGUGGUGAAUCUAAUCCCAUUGCCCUGUUAUUGUGUGUACCUCACCGACUUCCUCACACCACAGACCUUGAGGCCUACGGGUGAAGUUCGGUUAUAAACCUCAGUGUAGGAUUUGCGUGGAUUAAACAAGGAUCGCGUGCAACAUGGGAUUACACAGAACCCCUCACAACACGUCCCAGUAAACUGGAGGAGGUAUCGUGGUAAAGUCACCUACAACUUCUAGGAACCAGUGCGGCGGUCUUGAAGUGACGCAACGUAAUGUAAUGGAGGGGGAUUGUAUCGUCUGCUUUCUUGGACUUCUCCUGCUGUGUGCGCAGAGAGCGGUUGAUGCCGUCAACAAUCCAAUAACCGUCACACAAAAUGGAGCUAUCCGUGGAAUUACACACGAGUUCGGUGGCAGACUAAACAGAAAGUCAGUUGAUGUUUACUAUGGUAUACCUUAUGCUCAACCGCCAAUAGGUGAUCUGCGUUUUAAACUUCCAGUUCAGAUUGAUAGAUGGGAUGAUGUUUUGGAUGCCACCAGGAAACCAAAUACAUGUAUGCAAGGAUAUGAUACGUUUUUGGGUAAUUUUAGUGGGGCUACGGUUUGGAACCCAAAUACAGAACCAUCCGAGGACUGUCUAUACCUCAAUGUUUGGGUCCCCAAAAGUGGCCGGUCCAAUUUAAAAAACAAAGCUGUGUUUGUCUGGAUAUACGGUGGAGGUUUUUACAGUGGAUCCUCAACUUUAGAAAUAUAUGAAGCCAAAUAUUUAGCAGUAGAAAAUGAUGUUAUUGUUGUAUCUAUGCAAUAUCGUGUCGGUGCCCUUGGGUACCUUGCAAUGGGUCACGCACAGGCACCUGGUAAUAUGGGAAUGUUUGAUCAGAGGAUGGCCUUGGAAUGGGUUAAACGAAAUAUUGAGUCUUUCGGUGGCAAUUCACGAAAUGUGACAAUUUGUGGCGAAAGCGCUGGAGCAGUGAGCGUAGGUUUACACCUCCUAUCGCCAAUAAGCCGCGGACUGUUCGACAGGGCUAUCCUACAGAGUGGGGCUCCACAGACAAAAUGGGCUACUAUACCAAUGCACGAAGCUGAACGAAGAGCUCGCAGGUUAGCAGAACUUCUGGGAUGUGAUGCUGAAGCCACUAAGUUUGAAGUUAUCCAAUGUUUAAAGAGCAAACCGGCGAAAGAGUUUCAAAUGCACGAAUUUACCGUGAUAGGUGGUGGGGUAGUUCAAUUCCCCUUUAUCCCAGUGAUAGACGGCAGCUUCUUGGUUGAAAGUCCAGAAGAGUCGAUCAGACUACGAAGGUUCAAAAAGAUUCCACUCUUGUUGGGCAGCAAUGCCAAUGAAGGAACAUUCUUCUUGGUGUAUUUUAAUACAGAUUUUUUUAACAUAUCCUUAGCAGCAAAUAUCAGCAAUGUACAGUAUACAAUGGUAAUGGAUCAAAUGUUUAAGACCUAUCCCCGACACCCGCAUCGACUGAACAACUUUGGAAUGGACGCAAUACUGUUUCAGUACACAAACUGGCUCGACCCGGAAAACCAGACAAUGAUCAGACACAACAUAGAACAGGCUGUCGGCGAUUUCCAUUUCGUGUGUUCGGUUAACGACCUUGCACAGGCAUAUACCAGCGCUGGUCAAAAUGUUUAUUACUACAGGUUCACUCAUCGGAUGAGCAACCAUGUUUGGGGAAAAUGGAUGGGUGUACUACAUGCAGACGAAAUAAAUUUUGUGUUUGGAGAGCCAUUGAAUCGUACGAAAGGAUAUACAACACACGAGAAAGAACUCAGCAAAAAGAUGAUGCGUUACUGGACUAACUUCGCCAAAACAGGGGAUCCAAACCGAGGUCCAGGUGAGGUGUCGUUGGGGCUCUGGCCAGAAUAUACCGAAAAGCAGCGGUAUCUUGAACUCAACCUCAACCUGCUGAAGUUGGAUGCAGCGAUGAACGUCCGGUCUGGACCAAGGACCGAACAAUGCGCAUUCUGGAAACACUACCUACCUCGUCUUGUCGCUGGAACAGCUGAUAUCAGUUCUGUGGAGAAGGACUGGAAGGAGUCGUACAACGAAUGGAAAACUCGCUACAUCGUGGACUGGAAGCAUCAGUUUGAUAGCUUCCUGAAGAACUACGAACGCCGAUUUCAGACAUGCGGAAUGCCGUGAUUUGAACAUACAAGGAGUUGGUUAAAUAUUCACGAUAAUAUAUAAUUUAAUAAUAUAAGAAUUAAAUGUCUCCAGGUAGCGUUGAUUCCAGUAAUUAGGAAAAUAGAAGCAAUAUGGUAUUAGUUGCUAAAUGAGGUUUAUAACAACAUAAUUCAUCAAUAUUUAAAUAUCUGAUGUGGAAAUUCAUUAUUUUGAAAGAUAGGGAUAGUUUUAUGGUGAUUAGUACUUGCAGCAUAUGUUUUGCAUUUUCCUGUUGAUAGUUGUUGCCUUUAAAUCAGCUUUUAUCGAUAGUACUGAAAUCACAGAUGGCGAUCACAGAUGGCGGGAGGUGAAGUACUCACCUUCAACUUCAACUGCGACAUCUGACUGAGUAGAUUCCUAUAAGCUGCUGAGCUUAAAGUACCUGAGCCAGUAUUUCUCUUGUGUCACCUAUACGCAGUUUGUUAUAGCAUUUAGUUCAUUUGUAUAUAAUGCAUCACAAAUGUUUCCGGGUAUUACUGUGUACAUACACUGAACAUUAUUCACGGUAUAAACUUUACAAAUUUA